UUGACGCUACAUCACUUCCUCUGUAGAGCAACAAAACCUUCCCUCUCCAGAACCCUGCUCAGUUUCAGUCUCACACACGCAGAAUCUCAGCUGCUCUGCAGAGUUCUUAGGAGCUGGACUGCGCCCGCUCAGCUGCCGGGUUUCUGCAGAAAAGAGCGAGGGGAAUUUGCUCACCACCUGGGGGCUAGAUUAUCUACAGACCUUUCAGCAGGGGACUCACAAGAUCCUCCUGUCCAAGCACUCCGAGCUCUUUGCCCAGCUGGUCUGGAUAUCCGCUCUAUAGACCGAUUACUCCUGGCUUAGCAGCCUGUCCCGUCCUGCACUGCCACGAUGCUUGGACCUCGACGGCCUUCCCUGCUCUUCCUCCUGCUGGUUUUACAGCCCGUAGGUUGCAAAGAAAUGGAAGUGGCUGCAAUUGCAGGGGAAUCCGUCCAGUUACUGCCAGUGAAAUUGCCAGAGACUUGGACAGAAUUGACCUGGGAGGUUACACUAGACUCAGCAGAGACGUAUCGGAUUGUAACAUUUAAUAAAGUGGAUCCCCCUGACCUUGGGUCAUCCCCACAUUUUAUCAACAGAGUCACUUUCCACCCUGAGAGUCUCUCACUGCAGUUUGAUCCCGUUAAGAAGUCAGACAGAGGCCUCUAUUCCUUGCUAAUUGACAUUGGAGGAGGCCGUGAAGACCGCACAAAGUUCCGUGUCUCUGUGUUUGACCGAGUCCGGCAGCCAAACGUCACGGUGCUCUCUGCCCACGCGGAGCUCAGCCAGUGCAACGUCACCCUGUCCUGCUCCGUGCCUGGCGCUGACAGAGUCACCUACGGCUGGUCCCGAGGCACGUCCCAGAUCCCGUCUGACCGGGACCAUCAGCUCCAUGGGCACCAAUCCCUGCUGCACAUAGUGAUUAAUGCAAACAGCAGUGACGUCUUCUACCGAUGUAACGCUAGUAACCGAGUCAGCUGGGGCGCAGACACUGUAGAUGUCAAAUCAUUGUGCGACUUCCCAGCCACAGUUUUCCCGAGCACUGACGUCCCAGCGGGGCCAAGCAGCACAGCGACCCAUUGCCACGUGAAGGGGAUUCUCCUGCUGGGUGCCCUGGUCACAGCCAUCGUCAUGGUGCAGGUCCUCACCCGGGGCAAAGAGAGGCUGGAUUGAGCCAAAGGGCCAGUGCAAGGAGCUUUCCUGGCUGCGUGGGGCGACGUCUGCAUCUGCAACGGGGUCUUUUCACUCCCCUACUGCGAACGGGAACUGCAGCAGCACAGCUGUCGAUGGGCCGGGGUUUGGACCCAUCCCUGCUCCUUUGCCCUGCCUUGCUGGGACUCAGAUGGGGAGGUCGGGACUAGUGAAACUCAGCAUCCAGAGCCCCCUAAACCUGACUGCGAAUGGGCUGCCACCACCUCCUGGCUGGGCACGGGCUGCCGGUGCCCUGCCUCAGUUUCCCCAGUCUCAGUUUCCCCACCUGCUGGGACGGUUCACCUGGCUCAGCUCUCUGGCUGAGUCAGUAGAGGUGUUAGACCCACAAUCGAGGUCUCCCUGUGGGAUGGGGAGCAAGCAGAUACCGAGACACAGUGUUGGUAUAUAAUACUCUAAAUACUCUUCAUUGAUUACAAAACAAACCUUACUCACUGCACAUUCACACCCUAAACAUACUAUACCCGAGUCUAAAAGUCAGAAUGAUCCCGAUGGCCAGUCGAGGUUCCUUCCGUCAGGAUAAGAUCAUAAGAUGCAGGGAGCCGGAGUAAACCACAUCUAUAUCCACAUGGGACUCCGGAUCAAUAAAUGACUCCGAUUUGCAGAAAUCAUAGGAGUCCAUUUAUAGUCCAUUCCGUCCCAUCAUCGGUUCUUUGCCUUUGUUUACUAGGCUUCUACCCACACAAUUCCAGAGAGACAAUCCUGGGUGGGCCGCCAUGAUCCGAGGCAUGCCAUUUCCUCCAACUCGUAGACAAUUUUACAUCAGUCCAGCUGGGGUUAUUUUCUCUUCUGAGGAUUUUCCGUAUUUUUCUCAGAACAUAAAAUUGUUUUUGCACAAAGAGUUCUAAUGGUCCUUGACCUUAAGUCCUUGCUUCGAUUGCUAGCUUGCAACGCACACAAUCAUGUCAAGCACGCGGCAUUCAUACUCAAUGUCCUAUAACAUAUUACAUGGACAGAUGAAUCACAACGUAUAUUGAUAUAUAUAUAUCCCAACACAGACGCUCAGUCCACUUCCAGGCAAUCAGAGUCCAACCACACACAAGAUAUAGGAGCCUUUGUUCCAGCUCGGCUGAGUUCUCUGCCCCUUUUCCGUUACCCGUCUGCCCACCCCCUGGACUCAGCUCACAGUCGCUCUCCUGCCCCUUCCGGGGCCUUGCGUUAGGAAUCAUCCCAGGUACUUCCAAGCAGUCCCCUGUCAGGGCCUUCUGUCCCCGCAGGGAGGCCCAGUCAGGCCUCCCAGUUCCAAUCCCUAGCCCAGCUCCCCUGUCCCCAUGAGGGCUGUUGGGUUCCUGCUCCUUCCCUUCCAUCCUGGCCCUGCUACAGGUGCAGCGGGCAGAGCUGACUGGGCUGACAGCAGCCUAGUGACCCCUCAAGCUUCCUGUGGUGUUUGGAUUAUGGGUUUUAAGCAUUUUUCAGUGUUUAUCAAUUUAUAUAUUCACAGUUCCAGGACAUCGGGGGAUGGGGGUCAGGAAGUAAUUAUUUAAUGACAGACCUUGAGAUGCAAAACAUUAAAACUUUAUCAUGAGAGAAGAAGGGGGAGGAAACAUCUGUUAUUGGACCACCUUCUGUUGGCAAGAGAGACAAGCUUUCAAAAAGCUCUUGUGUCGCUCCAGAGCCGGUCUCUCUGCUCCAGUAAAAGACGUUCCCUCACCCACCUUGUCUCUCUAAUAUCCCAGGACCGACGGGGCUACCAGAAGACAGAAUACACAGCUUUGUCCUUGUCAUUUUGACAUGCCAGGCUGACAACGUAAAUAGCCUUCAAUCCAAUUCUAAUAUUUUCUGAAGCAGCAUUUUUCUUACCUGGCCUAGCUGUAAAUUUGAAUAAUUAUCAUUGGAACAUAAGAACAUAAGAACGGCCGUACCGGGUCAGACCAAAGGUCCAUCCAGCCCAGUACCCUGUCUACCGCCAGUGGCCAAUGCCAGGUGCCCCAGAGGGAGUGAACCUAACAGGUAAUG